UGUAUGGUUAAAUUAUUAUUCUUUUCUUUAGCAUCCGUAAGGCAGUGGGAAGCAUGUUGGUUCCCUCUCACACUUUCUCCUCCUUUUAUCUCUCAUUCUCUCUCUCUCUUUCCCACUUUGCCUUUUUCAUUUGGCCCUGGGACCUCCUGACAUGGUGUGUCACACUGUCAGAAACUGCACACUCUUUGUAUUUCUAGAAAGCAUGAGGACUCAAUUCAGACGUUGCACACUCAUUCUCAUCUCUAUUCUACAGUCUACACUAGUAUAUUGAAUUUCUCAAUUGAACUACUUUUCACCUGCUCAAAUUCUCACCUGGCUUUUGAUUUUUGAAUCUUUCAUCUUUUUCGGACUGCCUGUUUAACAGGUGUUCGACAUAUUGCCUCAAUCAAAAUGUUAAAUUUAAGCCAAUUUUUGCUGCCUUUUGUUGCCCUUUUCUUCUACUUUUGCAAUUCUUCUGUUGCUCUGCUUACUCCUGAUGGGGUUAAUUAUGAAGUGCAAGCUUUGGUGGAUAUUAAGGACUCUUUGAGGGACCCACAUGGUGUUCUUGAUAGUUGGGAUAGAACUGCUGUUGAUCCAUGCAGUUGGGCUAUGGUUUCCUGUUCUUCAGAAGCCCGAGUUGUUAGUUUGGGAAUACCAAGCCAGGGCUUAUAUGGGACUCUUUCACCAAGUAUUGGGAACUUGACAUGUCUGCAGACUGUGCUUUUGCAGAAUAACAACAUUUCUGGAUAUAUUCCUGUUGAGAUAGGAAGGUUGUCAAAACUUCAAACACUUGAUAUUUCUGAUAAUCUCUUCAAAGGAAGAAUUCCCCCUUCUCUAUCUCAUUUGAAGAUCCUCCAUUACUUGAGGUUGAACAACAAUAGUCUUUCUGGAGAUAUUCCUCUAUCCUUUGCCAACAUGACACAGCUUACAUUCCUAGACCUGUCCUACAAUAAUUUGAGUGGUCCUGUACCAAGGUUCCAAGCAAAAACAUUCAGUGUUAUAGGAAAUCCUCAAAUAUGUGCCACAGCGAGCGAGAAAGAUUGCUAUGGAACAGCUCCGUUACCUCUUUCUUUCAAUGUGAACAAUUCAGACAGUUCUGAGACUCAAAAGUCCAAAGGUCAUUCUAAGCUUGCCUUGGCCUUAGGUUCAAGUAUAGCUAGCACUUGCCUGCUGAUCUGUGGGUUUGGGUUCGUCUUAUGGUGGCGACACAAACACCACAAACAGAUGUUCUUCGAUGUCAAAGAUCGACAUCACGAAGAAGUUUGCCUUGGAAACUUGAGGAGAUUUCAUUUCAGAGAACUUCAAGGUGCAACAAGCAACUUCAGUAGCAAAAACAUAAUUGGGAAGGGUGGUUUUGGGAUUGUGUACAAAGGACACCUUUCGGAUGGUACUAUUGUGGCAGUUAAGAGACUCAAGGAUGGAAACGCCGUUGGUGGGGAGAUCCAAUUCCAGACUGAAGUUGAGAUGAUCAGCUUGGCUGUACACAGGAACCUUUUACGCCUAAAUGGCUUUUGUAUGACUUCCACUGAGAGGCUUUUGGUCUACCCUUACAUGUCCAAUGGAAGUGUGGCUUCUCGUCUCAAAGCAAAGCCAUCACUGGACUGGGGCACCAGAAAACGAAUAGCAUUAGGGGCAGCUAGGGGACUACUAUACCUUCACGAGCAAUGUGAUCCAAAGAUAAUACAUAGGGAUGUUAAGGCAGCUAAUAUACUGCUGGAUGAUUACUGUGAGGCCGUAGUCGGAGAUUUUGGCUUGGCAAAGCUAUUGGACCACCAAGAUUCACAUGUUACUACAGCUGUUAGGGGAACCGUGGGUCAUAUAGCUCCAGAAUACCUUUCUACAGGACAAUCUUCUGAAAAAACAGAUGUCUUUGGUUUUGGAAUCCUCCUACUAGAGUUGAUAACUGGUCAGAGGGCACUAGAUUUUGGUAAAGCAGCAAACCAGAAAGGAGCUAUGUUAGAUUGGGUGAAGAAAAUAAACCAAGAAAAAAAGCUAGAAAUAUUGGUAGACAAGGAGUUGAAGGACAAGUAUGACGGGAUUGAGCUUGAGGAAAUAGUCCAAGUAUUUCUCCUAUGUACUCAAUUCCUCCCUAGUGAGAGACCUAAGAUGUCAGAAGUAAUAAGGAUGCUCGAGGGAGAUGGCCUCGCUGAGAAAUGGGAAGCUUCUCAAAGAAGUGAUUCAACACGGAGCAAAGCCAACGACUUCUCCUCUUCAGAACGUUACUCUGACCUCACCGAUGAUUCUUCAUUGCUUGUUCAAGCAAUGGAACUUUCUGGCCCAAGAUGACACUCUUUUCCCACUAUGUAUGUUGCACAAAGAAUAUGAGAUCAGGUUAGUUCAGUCAGAUCAUGGAAUCAGACGAUCUCAGUUUCCUGAGAAUCAUUGCUAAUCAGCCAGUGAAGCUCAGAAGAGUCUCUGUCUAUAAUUUGGUAUUUGUACAGAAUCAGAAUCCAGAAAGCAACCCACUUUCUUUAGUGCAUGAAGAAUAUUGUUGAAAAAUGUGCAUCAAGUUUGUAAGAAUAAAGCAAUAUGAUAAGGGGUUCUUGUUAUUUUCUAUUUUUUAACAAUUUGUGUUGUACAAGGCUUGUAUGCAUAUAGAGUGGAAUUUUGAAAGGGUGUAAUUUUUCAUCCAUACGUUUAAGAUGGCAGUGAAUAAUAUCUGUGAAGCUUCUUGUAAUGAAGAUACAUACUCCACAGAUAGAUUGAUAAUGACUUGAAUGUCUCAUGUUUAGGCA